GUCCGUGAUCACUGUGAUUGGCAACAUAUUGGUGAUGGUGUCGUUCAAACUUAACAAAGCACUCCAGACAGUGAACAACUACUACCUGCUCAGCCUUGCAUGUGCUGACCUGACUAUUGGCACCCUGUCUAUGAACUUGUACACCACAUACCUUAUUAUGGACACUUGGGCUUUGGGAAACUGGGCAUGUGACUUAUGGCUGGCUAUUGACUAUGUGGCCAGCAAUGCUUCAGUUAUGAACCUCCUGGUCAUCAGUUUUGAUAGAUACUUCUCUGUCAUGCAGCCCCUGACGUAUCGAGCUAAAAGAACAACCAAAAGAGCCAUCACCAUGAUCUGCUCGGCUUGGAGCAUCUCCUUUGUGCUCUGGGCACCUGCCAUCCUGUUCUGGCAGUUCAUCGUUGGGGAACGUACUGUGCCACCUGGGGAGUGCUAUAUCCAGUUCCUAUCUGAGCCCAUCAUCACAUUCUGCACGGCCAUUGCAGCUUUCUAUCUGCCCGUCAGUAUCAUGACAUUUCUCUUUUGGAAGAUCUACCAGCAGACACAGAAUCGUUCCAAAGACCUUGCUGGCAUGAGCGCUGGCAACAAAAAGAAACCUGAACCUGUGCCCCAGACAGGAAGUUCCAAGAACAGCAACACUGAUCUGAACCAGCCAGCACAGAACAGUCCUGGGAAGAAGCCCAGGGGCUGGAGACGGUUCCUAUCCUUAGGGAGGGGAGAGAAGGCCUGCAGUGGAGAGGAGCCAGAGAACACCAGUGGUGAAGGCAAGAACAAUAAUGAUACUGAGGCAUGUAUUGACCAAUCAGCGUCUGAUGAUGACAAGAUGGCCAAGCCCGCUGCCUCUAAAGCCAAAACACCCAUCAGCAAACCUAAAAAGCAGGCCAAUGAGAAUAAGGCUGCUCAGACACUGAGUGCCAUCUUGUGUGUCUUCAUCAUUACAUGGACCCCUUAUAAUGUCAUGGUCCUGGUGAGCACAUUCUGUGAUGACUGUAUUCCUGAGACUCUUUGGGCUCUGGGUUACUGGCUUUGUUACGUCAACAGCACCAUCAACCCUAUGUGCUACGCCCUCUGCAACAAGAACUUCCGUGACACAUUCAAACUGCUCCUACUCUGUCAGUGGGACAGCAAGAAGCAGAAUAAGCCACAGUUUCAACAAAGGCAGGCAGGCCAGCGUAACAAAUAG